CCGGCACGAUGGUUCCGCGGGGGGCGGUGACAGCGCGGGGGGAGCGCGGCCCCUUUAAGAGCGGCGCCGCCAUGAUCUGCCUGGUGCUGGGGCUCUUCGCCGGCCUCUUCCACAAUGCCCUCGGCGGGGUCCAUGAACGAACCUUCGUGGCCAUCAAACCGGACGGGGUGCAGCGGCGCCUGGUGGGGGAGAUCAUCCGGCGCUUCGAGAGGAAGGGGCUGCAGCUGGUGGGGAUGAAGCUGCUGCAGGCCUCGGAGGAGCUGCUGAAGGAACACUACAGCGCCCUGCGGGACCGGCCCUUCUACGGCCGCCUGGUGAAGUACAUGAGCUCCGGGCCCAUCGUGGCCAUGGUCUGGCAGGGCCUGGAUGUGGUGAAAACCGUUCGCUCCAUGAUCGGGGAGACCAACCCAGCUGAGUCCAGGCCUGGCACCAUCCGAGGAGACUUCUGUGUUGAAGUUGGCAAGAACGUGAUCCAUGGCAGUGACUCAGUGGAGAGUGCCCAGCAGGAGAUCUCGCUGUGGUUCCGGCCCGAGGAGCUGCCGUGCUGGGAGGACACGGCUGCACGCUGGAUCUACGAGUGAGCAGCAGGCCCAGGGCAGCUCACCCCCUCCUGCUGGGACACAGCACAUCUCCAUCCAUCUCCUGGCAGCUGCUGGGCUGGCUGCAGCUCCUCUGUGGGAUUCCUCUUCUGCCUGUGGAUGCUGGGAGCUGGGUUGUGUGUGGAACUCUGCUUCAGCUCCUGCCAAGGGCAGCUCUUUGUUUUUUUUUCUCUCUCUGCUCUAGUAAGUAGUUGGUAUUGUUGCUCUGUUUGCUGCAGCAUCUUAAAUCCCAAGUAGCUCAAGCUGAUUAAUUUUAGCAAAACUUGGGCUCUUGGCCCAUUUUCUGGGUGUUCUCAUCCCUGCCUGGAGCAGGAGAAUGUGUUUUCCUUGCUGCUGGGAGAGGUGCUGGUCACAAGGUGAUGGGCUUGACAAUUUACCUGCUUUUCUAGAAGGCUUUUCACCAAAGGCUCUUAAAAAAUCAGGCUGCUGUAGGAUAAGGGAGCAAAUUCUCAGUUUGGAGUUCAUUCCAAGACAAGGAAUGAAGGAUGGGACAGUUCUCUCUCCCUUGGUGGGAGCCCUGGGUGCUGGGCUGGCAGAAGCUCACCCAGUUCCUGAUGUGAUGAGUGAGUCCAUGGAAGGAAGAUUCUCCAAAUGCUGCUAAACACACAAUUCCUCAGGCUCUGCUUCCUGGGCUGUGGCUGUGGGGUGGGAAGCAGCUCCUUCAGGUCUGCUCUGGUUCUCUGGGGCCAGAGAGACCCAGAAACAGCCAGACCCUGCAUGGCCGUGACCCAGCCUGACACCAGACUGUCCCUCCCUGGUCACUGAUGUGAGGCAGCAGCCACAGGAAGAGAGGGGGAGAGGGGGGCAGGGAAGGGUUUGUGGAUCUGGGGCUCAGGAAGAACUGUUUAGGGGAGUAUUUAGUUCUCUCUUGUGAGACUGUGGAGUCCUGGCACUGAGCUCUGGCAAGUGUGCCAGGAUCUUCCUUGUCCCCCUGAGAGCUUGCAGUGGAGCUUUCCUGCUGGGAGGGUGUCUGGAAACCAGUUUGUAACGGGCUGGGCACCCCCUGUGGGCUGUCCCUGGGCCACCCAGCUCCUCAGAGCUGUGCCUGAGCUCCCUGUGCAGCCUCACCAGAGCAAAAGGACAGGGACAGUGACAUCCUGCCAUGGAACAGGGACAUGGUUCAACCAAGGGAACAAGAUCCCAGGGCUCUCCUGUGUGCAGGAUGAGCUUGACCUGUGCCCUGGCAGCCUGUCCCUCUGGCUGCUCAGCUUUGUAGGUGCUGGGGAAUGAGGGCAGCUCUGGGGGAGCAGAGUGAGGUCACCCCCAGCCCUGCUCUGUGCUGGCCCCAGGUGUGGGGCUGGGCAGGGCAGGGGUGGGAGGUGUCCCCCAGUGAGUGGGGCUGUCCAGCUGCCUCAGCCAAGGCUCCUCCUGCCUUGGGGCCUUCUCCAAGCACUGUGUCCAGCUCUAAAUACCUGACAGAUCCCAUUUGCUCCUGGAACUUGUCCACUUGGCUGAACCUGGAGUCUGGCUGCAGGAGAAGGUGCUGGUGAAGACUGAGGUGGGAGGAAGGCCAUGUUUGUUGUUUAACAGAUGCAUUGAGAAGAGCUGCUGGCACCAAGAGCUGCCAGCUCUGACACAGGAAAACUCUGCCCAAAUAGCUGAGCUUCAUCUCCUGCCAGUGCCUCCUCCUGAAGGAUCCCUCUUCUCCCUGUCUGCACAGACAAGACUGAAGAUGCCUCCUGGUUCAAAGUGCACUGAACUCCAGUCAGAUACAGACCUGACUCACUGAGACACAAUCCCAGCCCAUCCUCUCCUCUGUGUGUGUGUAGGUUUGGUGUCUGCCAUGACCUUGUCCUGCUCUGGGGCACAAUGGAGCAGCAGCUGCAGGGAAAGGGCCCCCACAGCCCCUGCCAGGAGCUGAGCUGUGCCUGCUGUUCCUCGAGCCCCUGGGCACUUUUAAUUGCUUUGCAUGUUGGUUUCUGCUGCUUCUCCUCUGUCCAAAACUGUGUUAAACUGUAAUAAUAAAUGUUGAAGCUGUC